AUGCGUUCACACACUAUCAAAUCUCAUGGAGCCAAAGUUGCAAAGUAUCACAUGCACGAUUGGCUUAUUUUACUGCUACUCGUGGUGAUUGAGGUCAUUCUCUAUUUAAUCCAUCCAUUUUACCGAUUCGUGGGAAAGGAUAUGAUGACAGACCUGAAGUAUCCUUUAAAAGGGAACACAGUGCCUGUAUGGGCUGUGCCUUUGUAUGCAGUGUUGUUGCCCAUUGCUGUUUUCCUUUUUGUCUAUAUACGAAGGAAAGAUGUCUAUGACCUGCAUCACAGCAUCUUAGGCCUCUUAUUUUCUGUGCUGAUUACUGCGGUCCUGACGGAUGCAAUAAAAGAUGCAGUUGGCCGGCCCCGACCAGACUUCUUCUGGCGUUGCUUUCCUGAUGGGAAGGAACUCUAUGAUCGGUGGGGAAACGUAAUAUGUCAUGGUUAUGAAAGUGACAUUAAGGAAGGACAUAAGAGUUUCCCAAGUGGUCAUACUUCAUGGUCCUUUGCUGGAUUAGGUUUUCUAUCAUUGUACUUAUCUGGAAAAAUAAAAGCAUUUGAUCGGAAAGGGCAUGUGGCAAAACUAUGCAUUGUUUUUCUUCCUUUACUUGCUGCAUCUCUUGUCGCCGUCUCUCGAGUUGAUGAUUACUGGCAUCAUUGGCAAGAUGUGUUUGCUGGAGGCCUAAUAGGGCUGGUUGUGGCAGCAUUCUGCUAUGCACAGUUUUUCGCUCCCCCAUAUAAUGAUGAAGGAUGGGGACCUUAUGCAUAUUUCCGAGCUUUGGAGGAGUCACGUUCCAAUUCAAAUGCAGGGCAGGCUAUGAAUGCACUUAACGUGCAGCCCGUGAAUGCACAAGUUAUGAGUCAACGAGGGAGGCGAAAUGGAGACGAUUUUGCGUCAUUGGAAGAAUUGGAAUCCGGAAGGAUGCGCACGCAUGGAGGCAAUAAACGUAAAAAUAGCAGCCGAGAGGCAAGGUUGAAGAUGCAUAGACAAAGACAACAAGAUCUUAUUGUGGAGGAAGUCAAGAAAUGUUUCACCGGAAAGACCAGAAUGAAUAAGAUGUGCUUCGUAUUAAUAAACGAAAUGAAGGCAGAUGAAGCCAUUGUUUCUUUGUAUAAGUCUUAA